AUGGUCCAGUGUUUGACACACCCAUAUUGUAGGCUUUCCUACAACACAACCUCUCAUAAAACCAAGCUAUCCCGAAGCCCUGGUAAUAGAAUUGUCUACAUGUAUACCAAGAAGGUUGGGAAAGCACCAAAAUCUGCCUGUGGCAUGUGCCCAGGCAGACUUCGAGGGGUUUGUGCUCUAAGACCUCAAGUUCUUAUGAGAUUGUCCAAAACAAAGAAACAUGUGAGCUGGGCCUAUGGUGGUUCCAUGUGUGCUAAAUGUGUUCGUGACAGGAUCAAGCGUGCUUUCCUUAUUGAGGAGCAAAAAAUCAUUGUGAAAGUGUGGAAGGCAGAAGCACAGAGUCGGAAAGCUAAAUAG